CAGCUAAGAACUCUCUCUCACUCACUCACACACACUCUCUAUCCUCCCCAGUUCUUCAUUUCCCAUACCACCGGAACUUCCUCUCGCUCUCUCCCUCUCUCUCUCUCUCUCUCUCUCUCUCUCUCUCUUAAUCCAUGGCUGCCAGCAGCAGAGACGACCCUUUGGCCUUCACAAAUCCAUCAAUAUCAUCGUCUUCCUCCCCCAUCACCGUCUCCUCUGCCGACCCUCUCGACAGCUACCUCAACGACCGCGACAGCGCCGCCGCCUCCGGAAGCUUCCAGAACGACGGCGGCGGGAUCCUCGCCGACACCAGCGGCGGCAGCAGCAGCGACCUCGAGUUCGGCUUCUCGAGGCCCGAUUUUAGGGCGGAUCAGCACCAGCUGGCCGGCACGGUCGAGCUCUACGACCGCCAUGUCUUCCUCUGCUACAAGAACCCCCGCGUCUGGCCUCCCCGCAUCGAGGCCGCGGAGUUCGACCGCCUCCCCCGCCUCCUCUCCGCCGCCGUCUCCGCCAGGAAGCCCGAUAUCAAGAAACAGACCCGGUUAACGAUAUGUGAAGGACAUGACGGAACUGAAACAUCAAAUGGGGAUGUGUUGAUAUUUCCAGACAUGGUCAGAUACAGGAGAUUGACACAUUUUGAUGUCGAUACAUUUGUUGAAGAAGUGCUUGUGAAGGAUAGUGAAUGGCUGCCUAUGACUCCAGAACCACUAAAAGGUUUGUAUAUUUUUGUAUGUUGUCAUGGAUCCCGAGAUCGUCGAUGCGGAGUUUGUGGACCGGCGUUGGUCAAUAGAUUCAGAGACGAGAUAGAAUUACAUGGUCUUCUUGGUAAAGUGUCUGUUAGCCCAUGUUCACAUAUUGGGGGUCAUAAGUACGCUGGAAAUGUGAUUAUAUUUGGUCCAAAUAUCAAUGGAGAAGUAACUGGUCACUGGUAUGGAUAUGUUACUCCAGAUGAUGUAACUGCAUUGCUCGAGCUACAUAUUGGGAAAGGAGAAAUCGUUGACAGACUCUGGAGGGGUCAGAUGGGUUUAUCAGAGGAAGAACAAAGGGAAUCCCAAAACCGAAGGCUGCAGAUGAAUGGUGACACGAAUAUAGGAAAAGACACAAACAAGCAUACUGAAACAAGUACGAAUAGUCUUUCAAACACCAGUGCUUCGAGAUGUCAAGUCGAGGAGGUUAUGGGCUGUUGCCAGCAGGAAAAUGGAAACUCUUGCUGUCAAAACGCUGAGUUACCUGAGAAGACGCAUAGCUCGGAGGCAACUGCGGUAGCAAAGAAAGUGAGCACAGAAAAGAAAAGGAGCGGAAGGAAACUGCUCUCUCGGAUAAACAGUAGCAGCAAAGGGUCAUCAACGCGUAGGGUUUGCUCAAUGCCGACAUGGUUGGAUAGCUGGGAGCGUGAAGAUACAUAUGCAGCUUUAGCUGUUGCCUGCGCUGCUCUAUCGGUCGCCGUUGCUUAUAGCUGCUACAAACAGUUGAGAUAGCCUGCAAUGGUGAAGGAUGACUCUGUGCUUGAUCUAAAAGGCUGGAGAAAGACUUGCUGAAACAAAUGUUGUAGAAUGUGGGCUGGGGUUUUUGGAUGUAUUUCGAAUGUUUUUUUUUCUUCUUUUUUUAACUAAAGUUUGUGCUUGUGCAUAUGUGAAUGUUUUUCCAAUAUGUAUUUACUCCCAUACGAUUCUUUCCUUCACGAGCUUCUGGUUUUUGUAAUAUUAUUACUAUAUGAAAUGCAAUAGUUAUUUCUUAGCAUGGA